AUUAGAUAGGAGGCCAUCGCCGCCGCGCCGCGCCGGUCUGUAGAAGUUGAAAGAGGGACGAAUGCGGCGUCUCGCGUCCCGUGCCGUGCCGCGUUCGAAUCUGAAGAUUCAAUUUUCAAACAGUCGCCUCCAGACGAGUCGGCAAACCGACGUAUACGCGUAGACGCUCUCAAUUAUUGUUUAUAAGAUCCUCUAUUUCUACUAUACUAUACAACGACGAAGUUUACACAUAUUCAGCAGAAUUCUUGGCAAUAAAUUAUAAUUGUGUGUUUCUGUUAACUUAAGACUUAUACUUAUUUAAAUAAAAAGAUGCCCAGUGAAAUAAGUGAAAGUGCUUGUGAUUUAUUAUACUGUUGGAAAUGUGGACCUAUGUGAAGAUAUACAGGAAGUCUAAUGAAUCUAAGUAAUAAGGUGAUGGUAGGAGAGACGGCGAAGCUAUGUCUGCUGAUCUCUCUCGCUGUGGGGUCGGCGGUGGGGGAGGCGUGCGAGCGCGGCCGGAGCUGGUGGCACCCCGAGCGGGGAGCCUGUCUGCCCUGCACCAAGUGCGACCCCCGGAGGCUCGCGGUCAAGUACCCCUGCGAGGUCCACCGCGACACCAUCUGCCAGCCGCUCUACGAGGUCCGCAUCUGGCCCUUUAGCGCCCAAAAGGACUCGAACGACUCGUCCAGUGAUUACGAGUACUACGAGUACACGGAUUACAGUGAAGUGAGUGCUAAAAGUAAAGAAGUGGAGUGGGACUUGCAAACUUCGACGUUGACGGUAGCCGUGAGUGGCUGUAUAGUAUUUUUUGUGGUGGUGCUAACGUUGUCGCUGUACCACGCGAAGCAGUGGCGAGUGCUCAAGCAAGCGCUGAAAUCAGAUGUCCGUGAUUUGUCGGCGAAGCUGAAGCUGAUGGAGGCGGGAGUGCCGGCGCCCUCCGCCCCUCCCCCCGCCGACCACAUCUACUGCAACAUACACAUCGCAAAGGACGCUUUACUUGGUAGUAACGCUAAAAAAGGUUUAGGCAAUGUGUACACUCAAGAGAAGCACGGUACGCCGUAACCACCACCGAAUAAUAGUACAAAUUAAACAACCUCGCACCGACACGCAAUGUAUAAAAAUAUUUUUGUAAAAUAAAACUCUAAAAUUUA